UACUUGUACUGAUAAUUUUGGUGGACUGACCUUGUCGAGCCGGGACAGGACAGGGUCCAUCCCGUGGUAGUUGAUUGCAGCAUUGAAACAAUUGCAUUAUGCAUUGGACGAGUCAAAUUUAAGAAGUACAUGUUACCCAAGAAUUGUGUCGAUAUGAUUAUUUUAUUUAAACUUAACAUCUUGCUAUCCCUGCUGGGAAUUAUACUGAACUUGGAUACCGUAGUUGCAAAGGAUGUCAUACGAAAAGAUGGUUAUUGCACUAUGUAUGGUCGGCAGCCGACAUCAAAAGCCAACAUACCAUAUAAUGGAAAAGCAAAAAACGUUUCAGAUGAAGAAUUAAAAAUCUUAAAAGAUGUUUGUCCUUAUCUUACUAAAGGAAAAAGAGAUGAAAUAAGAAGUUGUUGUGGUUUAAAACAGUUGCAGACAUUACAGUCACAAUUAAAAACUGCCUCCUCAAUGUUUUCCCGUUGCCCUGCCAGCUCUAAAAACUUCUUUAAUAUGUGGUGUGAAUUCACCUGCUCACCAAACCAAUCCAAAUUUCUUGAUUACAAGUUUGAUGGUUUUGUUGCCACUGCAGAUUAUUACAUCUCAUCACAGUUUUCGAAUGGAUUGUACAAAUCUUGCAUUGAUGUCAGUUUUCCAGGUGACAAUGGGAAAGUGUUAGACCUUAUGUGUGGGGUUACUGUUGAUAAAUGCACACCAAAGAAGUUUUUAGAUUUCAUUGGUAGUCCUAAUAGUGGUGCACCAUUUCAAAUCAAUUUUCAUGUUAAUGAAAGUGCUCCUAAUAUUACCAACAAUGAUUUCAAAAUGAUUCGCUGUAACGAAACAUAUUUUGAUGAGAAUACUGGACGAAACAGGUCAGCUUGCUCUUGCCAAGAUUGUAGAGCCACCUGUCCACCAUUGCCAUCUGUCCCAGGACCAAAAAAACAUAGACAUAUCCUUGGAAUUAGAUUCAUCUGCUUUAUCAUCGGCGCAUGUGUUCUAGGUUGGCUGCUCAUAUUUUUGUCAUUAAGCGUUAUAGAUAUAUUUUAUUCCUCAAGAAGAUCAAUGAUGCAUAUUGAGGAAAGAUCAAACUCAUUGAGAACUGCUUCUCUUUCUUCUGCUGGUAAUGGACCAUAUAAGUCAACAGAUUUCUUACAUAGAGAAUCGGAAGACAAAAGCUGUUUAAUUCGUAUUGGAAUUAAAACAGAAUUUGCACUGCAGAAAUUAUUUCGAAAAUGGGGUGCAAUAUGCUCGCAUCAUCCCUGGAAAGUGGUUUUCAUUUCUUUAGCAGUAUGCAUUGUGCUGUCGAUUGGUUUGGUUAAAUUCACAGUCAUUACGGAUCCUGUGGAGUUAUGGUCAUCUCCGUCUAGUAGGGCUCGAAUGGAAAAAGAUUAUUAUGAUGAGAAAUUUACACCAUUUUAUCGAACUGAGCAAGUUAUUCUAACAGGAACUGAAGACCUACCUGUUGAAGAUUUUAAAGUGUACCAAGGAGCCCAUUAUAACUUUUCUGGUUUAAUGCAUUUUAAUGUUUUAAAAACGGUUCUUGACUUGCAGCUUGAGCUGAUGGAUUUAACGGUGAAAUAUGAAGGGGAAACCAUUGGACUUAAAGACAUCUGCUUUCAACCUCUCUCAAAUAUCAAGGAGUGUGCUGUGUUUAGUGCAUUGCAAUAUUGGCAGUUAAAUAGGACAAGAUUAGAGUAUUGUGUGGAUACUAUGGGUUACAAUUGCAGUGAUCCAUCGAGUUUUACAGAAAGAGCUGAAGAUUGGCAUAAUCAGAUUCUAGGAUGUUCAAAAAAUCCAUCAGCAACAUCGAAUGGUGAUUACUUGAAGCUUCCAUGUAUGAGCAAAUUUGGUGCACCUGUUAGUCCUAAACUUAUCUUUGGUGGCUUUCCCGGAACUGCUUAUUACCAGUCUAAAGCUCUGAUUAUAACAUUUGUGGUAAAAAACCACAAGAAUAAAGCUAAUAAUAAGAAAGCAGAAGCCUGGGAAAAGGUCUUCAUUGACUAUUUAAAGAACUGGAAAAAAAAUGAGGCAUGGAAAUAUAACCUCACUGUGGCAUUUUCCAGUGAAAGGUCAAUUCAGGAUGAAAUCAACCGUGCUAGUGAAGCUGAUAUUUUAACGAUUAUAUUGAGUUACUUGUUGAUGUUCUUGUACAUUGCUAUUGGUCUAGGUCAAUUCAAAUCAGCUGCAAGAAUAUUGGUUGAUGCAAAAUUCACUGUUGGAAUUGUUGGUGUGGUCAUUGUAUUGUUAUCGGUGGCUUCUUCGCUCGGCAUUUGCUCUUAUGCUGGCAUUUCUGCAACAUUGAUCAUCGUCGAAGUAAUCCCCUUUCUUGUUCUUGCUGUUGGUGUUGACAACAUCUUUAUUCUUGUGCAAGCAAUUCAACGUGACGUUCGACUUCCCAGUGAAGAUGCUUCAGAUCAGGUUGCACGGGUUUUGGGUGCUGUUGGUCCUAGUAUGUUUUUGUCUUCAUUAUCGGAAUCAGUUGCAUUUGGGUUUGGUGCCUUGUCAACAAUGCCUGCUGUCCACACAUUUGCUAUUUAUGCUGCAAUGGCUGUGGCAUUUAACUUUCUCCUUCAGAUCACAAUGUUAGUAGCUGUCGUAACCUUAGAUGUUCAACGGCAAUAUCGCAACCGGUACGAUGUGGCCUGCUGCUAUGGUCUACCUAAAUCAGACCAAACAGAAGAAGAUUGCCUACCUGGUGGCAUCUUGUAUUUUCUUGUAAAAAAGAUUUAUGCACCAUUCCUAAUGCUGUACCCUGUUCGUGUUGCUGUGAUCGUGAUAUUUUCAAUAUUUUUGGGCUCAAGUAUUUGCGAAAUACCAAAUUUAAAUGUUGGAAUUAGUCAAACAAUCGCAUUACCAAGAGACUCGUUCCUUUUGAAUUAUUUCUCCAGCAUGUCAACGUAUUUGAAAACAGGCGCUCCGGUGUAUUUCGUUAUAAGAGAAGGAUACGACUAUUCAAAAGUUAAAAAUCAAAACAUGGUGUGUAGCACAGCGGGCUGCAAUUCAAGUUCCGUGACUGGUAAUUUAUUUUCACAAUCUCUCAUCAGCAAUUAUUCUACAAUCGCGCUUCCAUCAUCCUCCUGGAUUGAUGAUUAUUUUACAUGGAUUGAUCCAGGCACUCCGUGCUGCAGAAUACUUAAUUACACCACGAGUCCUGACAAAAAUAUCACGUAUUAUAACUUCACUUUUUGCCCUUCGACCGCUCCAGAUAAUUGGACUUGUUACAGUUGCUUACCCAACAGCAAAGCUGGUGUUCAUCCUCAGUCGGAAGAAUUCCGUAAAUUCCUUCCGUGGUUUUUGAAAGAUAACCCAAACACAAAGUGUGCAAAAGGAGGGCAUGCGGCAUAUGCUAACGCUGUCAAACUAAACAAACCCAGCAACAAUAACUUAGUGAACGCAUCUUACUUUAUGACGUACCAUACGGUUUCCACUACUGCUGAGGAGUUCACACAUUGUUUGAAAUACGCAAGGGAGUUAGCUGCUAACAUGACCCAGUUAAUUGGACACGAAGUAUUCCCGUACAGUGUUUUCUAUGUCUUUUACGAGCAGUAUCUGACAAUAGUAAAUGACACAUGGAAAGACCUGAUGAUAUCACUCGCUGCCAUCUUUGUCGUGACGUUCUUACUCAUGGGUUUCAACUUUGGGUUAGCAUUUUGCAUUACGUUGACUGUCGCGAUGAUUGUUACUAAUUUACUGGGGCUUAUGUAUAUGUGGGAUGUAUCGUUGAAUGCUGUUUCACUGGUAAACUUAGUCAUGGCUGUUGGCAUCUCUGUUGAGUUUUGCUCUCAUAUUGCACGUGCCUUUUCAACAAGUCCUUAUUCAUCAAGGGUUAAGAGAGCAGAAGAUGCUUUGGGUCGCGUUGGUAGCUCUGUACUUAGCGGUAUUACUAUUACCAAAUUUGUCGGUGUUUUUAUACUGAUGUUUGCGAAGUCGGAGUUGUUUGAGAUCUAUUAUUUCCGGAUGUAUAUGGGUAUUAUCAUAAUUGGAGCGCUGCAUGGUCUCGUAUUUCUACCUGUGCUGCUGAGUUAUUGUGGUCCAGCUAGUCGCGCAACAGAAGAAGACAUACAGCGGGCUAGUCAACGCAACGUUAAAAUCAGCAGUGGAAAGCAUACAUCAAUAGUUGAUACCUGAUGGCCUCUUUUUUAAUUGCGUUUAAUUUAUUCUUUUAUACAACUCAUGUGAAAAAUUCUUCAAAGUUUUCUCCGGAUUGCAUUGAUGGUGUUCAAAAAUGACGCGAACAUGUUCGCGUAAAAAACGUUAGUCUAUUGUAAAAAAUUAUAUUAGAAUAUUAAAAUUAUUUGAAGAUAAUUAUAUGAACGAAA